ACCACCUGGUCGGCUACAAGCCGUUCCCUAACGACACCAUGGUGUACCGGACCUUCAACGCCAGGAGGAACCAGACCUACGGGGUGACGGUCAGCCUGGUGGCCCCCUACCCGGCCGCUGUCAUGUACGGGAAGCUGGGAGACUUCCCCAACGAGACCGACCAUGAGUUCAGGAAGGAGUUUACCCGGGAUGACUUCAUGGCUAGGACUGCACCGCCCCACGAGGAUGUUCACACCGCCUACACCAUACUCCAGCCGGACGCAGCAGGAGACAACGGUACAGGGGAGUACACUGUAGGGCUGCGGGUGGACGGCUGUCCCCCGUCUGGCUGCCUGUACUCGGUGGACGUGGCACGGCUGGCCUGUGUGUUCUGGGAUCCGGGAAUGGACGCAGAGCUGGGCUCAUGGAAAGGAGACGGCUGCAGGGUGAGCCCCGCAUCCACCCUGACUCACACCCUGUGCCUGUGUAACCACCUAACUGCCUUCGGGACCUCCGCGCGGACGGAGCCCAACAAGAUCCACUUCAACACCGUCUUCACCAAGUUCGACGAGCUGGUCAACAACUACGCCGUGUGGACCACCAUGGUAGUGACGAUGGGGCUGUAUCUCUUCAUGCUGUAUCCCGCCAGGCGUGAGGAUAUGAAGGACCAAAGGAAGUGGAAAAUUAAGAACGUACACGGCAACCGCAAAAACGAUCGCUACCGGUACCUGAUGAGGGUGGACACCGGGCACGACUGGGGGGCCGGGACCAGGUCGAAGGUCUCCUUCCAGCUGACCGGUGAUGAGGGCAGCACGGGGCCGAGGGCGUUCCAGCAGGACGGCGUGACCUUCCAGAGCGGAAGUGUAGACACGUUCCUGCUGACCAGCCCGGAGCCUGUAGGCGAGCCGGGCAGCCUGGCCGUGUGGCACGACAACUCCGGGCAGGGCCGUCAUGCCUCCUGGUGCCUGGAGCGGGUGGAGGUCAUCGACCUGCAGACCUUCAAGAGGACCCUGUUCGUGUGUGACUCCUGGCUGGGGGUGGAGCACGGGGACGGCUGUCUCCGGAGGACAAUGCCCCCCACAGCGGAGACGGACGUGUCCCUGGGUCAGCGCUUUAGCCUCAAGCUGAGGGAGAAGUUCAAGGACGGGCACGUCUGGCUCUCCGUGGUGACGUCACGCGCCAGGAGCUACUUCUCCCGCGUGCAGCGUCUGUCAUGCUGCCUUUGCCUGCUGUACUGUAAGAUGGUAACCAGCGCCAUGUGGUUCCGCGGGACCGAACAGGGGACGUCUAGCGCCGUGGUCUCCAUCGGGCCUGUCGAGCUGACUGAGGACACCCUGUGGGUCAGUCUCAUGACCACUCUCCAAGUUUUCCCCAUCAACUUCAUCAUCGCACAGAUCUUCGGUCGUCGCCGCCCAAAGGGUGCUCCGAAGUCGUCAGGCGCGAAGCUGCCCUACUGGUUCCUGUACGUCGGCUGGGCGCUGCUGGUCCUGGCCACCCUGGCCUCCGGGUUCUUCCUGCUGCUGUACAGUAUGGAGUGGGGCAGCGACAAGUCCAUCCAGUGGCUCACAGCGUUCGGACUGUCGUUCCUACAGUCCAUGGUGGUGGUCCAACCGGCACAGACACUUCCCGACUGUCCCCGGAUCGCCUGGUCAGAACAGGAAGAAACAGACCAGCUGAAACAGCAGCGUGCUGUCAGGAAGGGCUGGCUACAGCUGACCCACAACGGCAAGCAGUGCAUGCUGGGUAUCAUCAUCAUCGCUGCUGCUCUACUGAUGGUUCACGAGACGUGGAGUCCCGCCGUCGCUGGCGUCAACCAGGGACUGAAGGACAGCUUCUCGGAUGGUAUAAAUGAGAUCCAGACACAAUACGAUGUACUCCCCUGGAUGGAAGGCACCUUGGCACGUAAGCUGUACCGGACACAACACUACAACGGCGAGGAGCUGGGCUGGGAGGACCGUGUGUUCAUCACCGACAUGCCGGCCUACCGUCUGGGCCCGGCCCGUCUGGGACAGUUCAGGGCACUCUCAGCAAACUGUGACGUACAGGCAAAGUUCCUGAACAAAUCAUACAAGACGUGUGUCAAGUCGUACGGCGGUGUGGCAGGGGAAGCCGCCGCGUCCUUUCCGGAGUCGAAGCCCGUGACAUCGUUCGGCCGUACCGUCCACGGUACAAGAGGCUCGUACGGGGGACCUGGGUACAGCGUUAGCCUGGGAGAGACGGAAGCAGAGAUGAUGGAAGCGCUGAAGGUCCUGAAGGCUAACCGGUGGAUCGACCGCUACACGGCCGCUCUUGUGUUGGAUCUGAGCCUGUAUCACGUCAAUGCCAACCUGUUCAGCACAGUGUCGGUUCUGUUCGAGUUCCCUCCGUCAGCGGGAGCGAUCGCCUCGCUCCACGUGUCCACCUUCCCGCUCGCCUCGCCCGGCAUCGCGCCCACCAUCCUCCUGGUGGCUAAGGCGGUCUUCACGGUCAGCCUCGUGGUGGUCGCCGUCCGGGUCGUGAAGAUGGCGCGCCAGGAGGGGGCGUCGUUCCUCCUCCAAGUCUGGACCAUCGUGGACGUGGCGUCGGUUGUGAUGUCGAUCUACAUCAUCGUGGCGACCGUGUUCAAGGACGUCUUAGCGGGGAAGGCAAAGGCGCUCAUCAGCCAGCAACUGGCGAAAGAUAACCGCACCUUUGUGGACCUGUUCGGUGUUGCCUUCUGGAGUGACCAGUUUACCACUGCGGCCGCCAUGGUGAUCUGGUUUAACCUGGUGAAGAUCUGCAGUCUGCUGAGGGUCAGCUCACGGGUCCGCACGUAUCUGGAUGUCCUGAUCAAGAUUCGUAUGAAACUGCUCGGGAGCUUCAUCAUCUUUCUUCUGAUUGUCACUGGUUUCAGUAUGUCAGGACAUCUCCUGUUCUGCCCGUACGUGGCAGGGUUCCGGUCCCUGUCCCGAGCCACCGCCAGCCUGGCGUUCAUACCCUGGGAGGAGAUCAGCUAUGACGCGCUCGUCACAGCCAACGAGACGGUGGGUCCGCUGUUCCUCUUCGUCGCCAACUUCACCAUCCUGUACCUGCUGCUCAGCUUCACGGCGGCGGUGUUCGUCAGCGUAACAUCCGGCCUGCGGGGUACAGAGGGGAGGGGCCGGGUCGCCGCGGCACAGCAGCGGAAGAAGCGGCUGGCUCAGGCCGCCAAGGAGACCAGGAACGCCGCGCCCCGCAGGAACGUCGCUCCCACAGUCCGCAACACUCGACACUACUGCAACUGUGAUGAGACAAACGAGUGCUAUGGCCAGGUUCAUUCUACUGAGACACAGGUUUAGAUGUAUACAGGCAAAGCCAGAGAUCUACUGUCACCAAGUCAUGUAUUGCAUACAUUGUGCGGCUGUACAAUGAUAUUGACCACCCUGAUUGCUAUGAUUAAAUUGCAUGCACCGUAGUGACAUUAGCUGUCUUAUUAUUUGUUUUAGAUGUAUUUUAAGGUUGGCAUUGCCUUUUUUGUGGGUCACCAACGUAAAAGUAAAUUGUUUCUAAUAAACAACAGGUUACGAUCAUUGUUUUUGACAUUGAGACCAAAGGCGACCACUAAACCAGCAUAAUUCAUGUAAAUAGUAUUAAAGUCAAUGAUUCAACCAUUUUACCAUGCAUAAAGUAAAGACUAUUGGACUUUUUUGUAGUUCUACCAUCAUACAUGUAAUGAAAGUAGGUUGACUUUGCAACUGGUAACAACGGGGAACGGCCAUGCAUCCAAUUCUUAAGAAAAAGAAUGAUUUGUUUGAAACUUACUUUAGAAUGAUUUGUUUGAAAAUAAGAUCAAAGACGACCGCUAAACCAGUAUAAUUCAUGUAAAUAGAUUGAUGUCAAUGAUUGCAUUUAUUUAAAGUUUCAACCAUUUUACCAU